AUGGAGGCUCAGAUAGUGUCGAGUUCCGCGAAUCUUGCGGCCGUUUGCCGGGACGGAGCAUUCGAUGUGACGGGAAAGUGUGUCUGCAAACCAGGGUUCGCGGAGCAUGAAGGUAACUGUUAUCGCAUCACUCGCUCAGUAGGCCACUUGGGAUGUCCGCUAGGGUCAGUGGAGCGGCUUGGUUUCUGCCAUUUUAUCCCAUUGCCACCGAUACGUGAUGUUAUCCCUGCCCAGGAGAAGGUGAUCGUGGUUCCACCGUUGCGAAUCGAGAUUCCGUUACCGGAGCUGCCGGAUGAGGAUGAGGAACUGACGCCCGAGGAUGAGCGGGAUGUCGAGGAGGUUAUCGCACCGCCAGUAAGGCUAACAUUUGAAAAAUCCGUCAACAACCAUAACGUUAUCAACAACGCUACCAACGUGCACACGAGCAACGUGAACAAUGUCUUCGUCCAUAUGACCCGCAGGCUACCGACCGGAGCAAUCCGUACGGUGGUCAUACGUAACAACGAAACGACGGUGUACGAUGAGGACGUGAAAGCGGGUGGAUCGAGCAUCCCGGCACACUCCACAACAAGGCCAUCAACGGAGGAAACCACGGUGUCAGCCACGACUACCAAGCGGCCACCGUGCUGUAAAAUAGUGGGCCCAAGAGUUUGCCGUAAACAGGACGAUGAGUGGGUAUGUUUUCACCGGAAGCAUUACGUUUGCAACGAGGUGUGUACGGCGGACGAGAUGUAUCUUCGGCCAAGGCCGCGACAACGAUGCCUUCCGGGGCACUGUUCCAUUUCGGAAUGUUCCGCAUGUCUGCGAGCGAGACGAAGGUGUCAUCCAAUGUGCUACAGUUACGACUGCGAGGGCAGUAGUUGCCACUUUGUGGACGCUGAUUCGCUUUGCCGUGGUAGUCUGCAAUAUGUGUGCGUUUUGUUGGAAGAAAAAAUCCUAGGAAUUGGCGGAACCGACAACACCACCGCUACACCACCCGAUUCGUCCCGUUUCGACAAGAGUUAG